UGAAAUAUAAUGGCGAACCCCAAACGGACAACCUUCUUUCCCGAAGCAAGGUGUCCAACCACGAGGUUAGAGAACAGCAUCAUCCAUCAGCGACUGUAUCAGGUCCCCUGGCGAAUAACUGGGCUGUGAAUGAUAAACACAAGCCCAGAGAAACAUCACUGCACAGUACUGAACAUGACUGGUUAUCAGUGUACUGAGUAACUUCAAGGCGCCAUCUCUAGUGUAUCUGUGGAAUCCAAAUGAGUCACUACACUGUCCAGAGCGACAUCAAACACUCUACCUACACAAACAUAUAUACAUGUAUAAAUAAACACACACACACUUAUAACACAGACUGCGUGCUGUUCGAUUCUGAUGUCUUCCACUUUGAUUUUGUAUAACUCAGGGUGUGAACCAUGUUUGGAGGAGACUUGUUAGCCGUGGCAGUGCAUGUAAUGAUGCUGGUCUCACAGGUGAGAGGAGAUUGUAGACAGACUGGCGUCUGCUCCUGUGAGACUGACGAGGGUGUCAUCGAUCUCUCUCCCCUGGCUCUGGAUGGAGAUGCUAUGUUUAAGGACAUUACCAACCCUAACGUGUAUGCCUGGAAAUUUUCAUAUAAUCCUUGCAUGCCUUACACUUUCGGUAAAUGCUCAAAUGUUGCGUAAUAACCAGAAAAAGGGAAGGGGUGGGAGAUACUAGAGAAGCACGAAGACAAUUUAGAUGUCCACCGAGAUAUACACACCACAAGACUUUGCUUCACUGGGUGUCGACACAGGCCUGCGAGUACAGCAACGACGGGUUCGGCUUUUACUCACUGGGUACCCAGGACUCGGCGACAUUUUCUACAGAGGCAAGUGAGCUACAUCUUACCUACUCUGCAACAGACCAGGGACUAUUGAGAACCACUCAAGUGACAUUAGUAUGCGAUCACAGCCAGGAAAAGAGUAUAGAAAUGAAGCCUGUGCAGUCAUCCCUUUUUGAGUUUACACUGACGAGCAGAUACUGCUGCCCACAACCAAUCAGUGCUGGACUGUCCGGAGGCUCUGUUGUUCUUAUUGUGUUGGUGGCGAUGUUGCUGGUGUACAUCGUGGGCGGCGUCGUCUUUCAAGUUGGUGUCCGCAAAGCGUCUGGCAAGGAGAUCAUCCCCAACUACACCUGGUGGUCCUCCUUACCUGCACUCAUCAAGGAUGGCAUGAAGUUCACAGUUUCUUGUGGAAGAUGGCCGUACAGUAAAGUCUGAUGUUGACGACAGUGCAGACAACAACUUAGUCUUGUCCUCUCCUGGUCCUGCUGUGUGAUGUGUUGCAUUGUUGUCUUAUUUACAAACUAGUAUACCUUGAUCUUGAUAAUUGUUGGCUGGUCCUGAACGGUGCACGGUGAACUUCGCAAACUUGCUUUAGUGUGAGAAUGGCGAGACUCCAAGAAUAAACAAAAACAUUAUUGCUCUGUGAUGUGAUCGUGGUUACGAUGUGAGAUUGUGAGUGAAUGUUAUGGAGACUGUCUUUACUAGAAACUUUCAAGGGCUUUAUCGGGAAAAAAUCGUAAAAAGCACGAGCCUUAUAACUGUUCAUUGUUUGAAGAAUUCUUAACAGAUCAACAAAAGUAAGCUUCUUCUUAGAGGUACUUAACAUCUUUU